AUUUAUCGGUUUUCUGGUACGGUGGCGGGCGUCAAACCAAUCUCUCCUCUUCUUCGGCGAUCAACACGCCCACCGCUCCAAUCCGCUUGAAUUUCAUUAUCUUUCGAGACAGGAAAAAGGGAAAGCAAAAUCCUUCUAGCGAUCGCUCUCUUGAUCGUCUUCGGCCGUCCGAUUGAUCUACUAGCCGGCGUUAACCUGCAACUAACGUUCAAGGUUCAUGGGGAAAAUGGUUAUCCUGCUUAGUCAUAUGCAGCCUCCUUUUAGCUCCAUUGUUCUGCAGAUGUAUACGAACAAUGAUGACUAUGAUGAUUUGGAGAUGUCUAGUUUUAGACUGGGAUAAUACCUUUUUUUUACCAGGUAAAAAAGGUUGGUACUCUAUCUCGCCAUCUUUGCUCCCUCCUCCACAAAGAAGGCAUAUUCCUCCCCAUGGUUAGAAUACACAAUAUUUUCAUUAUUUCAAAUUAUAUUCUCAUAGACUUUAUUAGUAACAUGAUUGAAGAUAGAGUUGUUUUAUCAACUUGAGUUCUGUAGGCUGGUCUUUACUGUUUUUCCCAUGCCUCAGAUCCAAUCUUUUCCAGUUACAAUAUAGCUUUACCUUCUGAAGCAAUUUAAGGCGUGGUUCUACUACCAUGCAUUAUUUUAAACUACAACAGGUUUUGCAUCUUAAAUAGGAGGUUCUUCACUUUAAGGCCUAUCCAUAGAACAUUCUCAUUUAAAGGAUGGCUUGGUUGAUGCCUUUCUUAUUUGCAGUCUGCAGCUGAGUUUGUGGGUUUUAUGCGCUGUGAUGAUGGUCUUCCCUGGGACAGUUAGAAAAGCAUUUGGUUUUCUGAAAUCCCUCUCACUAUUUGAGAGAAGUCUCAAAUCUCUAUACACUUGGCUACACAAAUAUAAUCAGUAGAGAUAAUUCAAGAUUAUCUUGACAGUUCAUUGAAUGAUCUAUUAUUACCUUUCUCACAUGGACUGUUGUUUCUGCUAUGCAAUACUGUUUGGUUGAGGUAUUUUACUGAGUUGCAAUCUUCUUAUGACACUUGUAGGAACAUCAAUGUGAAGGGUAUCAUAGUAAGGAGCCUAGGCAACAUUUUUAGGGAUUUUUCACCUGACAUCUAAUGUGACAGUUGAUUAUGUUUCCUGCUUUGGUGCUUUUCUGUGGCCUUAUCAAAUUCCUCAAAUGCUUGUUGUUUUAUGUUCAAAUCUAGGCAUGAGAAUUCUUCCUAGCUUUAUCUAGUAAGUGGUAUUUUGAGCUAGGAUUAAGAGAUACAGCAUGAACAAUCAUCUGGUUUUCCUAAAUUCAUGUUAUCGUAGAAGUGUCACAAUAGCUGAAAUGGUGUGGGAUGAUGAAUUUGUGUUAUUGAGCUCAGUUGCUUUAUGCACUCUAAGCCUCUAACGAUGCUAGAAUUGCUAAGGAUAUGAAUUUUAUUUCCCCCAAUAAAAAAAGAAAAGACAAAAUAAGAAAAAAAUCUUGAAACAUCUUGUUGCCUUUCAGUUGGAUUAAAUGCUUGUGAAUUGUCAGGUUCCAAAAUAAUCUUAUCAAGGAAAUGCAUUGUAGAAAAUUGUUCUGAGUUGGUACAGGUGGAUACAUAAUCCGCUCCUUACAUUGUGAUUGUUCAACUCCACAGUGUGAACACAUUGUAGCAUUGUGGUGAGACCUUUGAUGCAUUAGUUAAAAUGACCGUCACUGUGUGCAUGGAAUCACAAUUACAUUUUCUAAGCUCUAUUAUUUUUUCCUUGAUUUUUAAGUUCUUAUGGAAAAUAUUGGAAAAGUAGUAUCUCCAUUAUGUGAAUUUAUCAUCUGGAAGAAAUGAUAAGAAUUGAAUUAGUAUGACCUUCUGGAAGUUUAUCUUCUUGUAGCUAGGAUUUCAUAUAUGGUGCUGAAAUAUGAUGAUGCUGACAAUCACAAUAAUUACUUUCAUCCUGUAUUGUUUACAUGGGAAACAGGUUUUCCAGGAAUCCACAAAUAGAACUCAUACCAAGGUUGUGUUUUCUUUAGCUUCUUUCACUUCAGGACCUAGCCAUCUUGAACUUUGAGGUGACGUUGCUAUGGGGCAUAGACACAUCUUUGGCACAUCACAAACUUUUGAGAUGAACCAUGAUAAUCAGAGUCACAUACACGUUGAGCAGCCUUAUAUCCACCUUGGCAGGGUCAGUGCUUCAGAAAACAGUUCUUACGCUUUUCCCGUGGGGAACAUGUCAAUGGGUGGAGUAAAUGUUGCAUCUCAUUGGAAUUCAGCACUGAGGUCAAAUGAGUAUUCUCCCUUGAGUCUGAGCAUGGAGCCACUUCACCGGCAAGCUGCUUCAGGCUCCUCUUAUGAUCCCUUCAUGAAUCCAUCAGCUUCUGGAAGCAUCUGCCCAAUCCCGCAGGGUUAUGUUAACCAUGCGUCUUCUUCUAGCUAUUACAGAAAUGCAACUCUUGGAAUUGAGGCCAAUAUUCUUGGUCCUAAUAUGGGCAAUGGAAGGGGGCCAUGCAAAAGAAAAAGUCCAGCAAUUUCUGUCACCUGUGAGAGGGGUAGUAGCAGCAGACAGUGUAGUUCUGUAAAUUCAUCUGAUCACUCUACUUCGUCUGGCCAACAGCAGGAGAAACCACAUUUACUUUCAGAACAUUUACCUUGGGAUUCUAUUGGCAUAACCCCUACCUAUAGAAGCAGCAGUCUUUCGAUUGCAAGUGAAGGUUCUCAAAGGAAUGUGAGAAGUCGAUCUACACUUGACUUGGAAGCCAACCUAGCCAGGACUCAUUUAUCAAGUAACCCUUCUCACUAUCCUCAUUCCACAGCUCAUCUACUAGAUCAUUCUGGGACAGUGGACCUCACUGGUUUGAGUGCUAGUGCUGGUUCAACCAGUCGAGAAUGGAACCACAUUCCUGUCUCUCCUGCUUCUCGUGGAAGGAUAGUGCCUUCAGAUACGACUGGUUUGGGGUAUGAUGUAAACCAAUUUCUUGGUGGUCGUACUACUAAUGGUUCUGUAGAGGCUGGCAGGUAUAGCCAAGAUUUGUUUUCCAUCCGAACUCCUGUUGUUCCUCAAGGUCUUCAUGGUUUCCCAACUCAAGCUGUGAGAGGAGGUCGCAGUGGCUUAUCUCAAGGGACCAUGCCUGCUUACAGGGCUGCGUCAAGCUACCCACGCAUGGGAUAUGGCACCACUACUUCAGAUGAUAGUCCACUGCUGUCUUCAGAAACAUACAGUGCUAGACAUUCAAGGCCACUGUCUAAUAUAGGUCGCCGUAAUGGUGAUAGGAAUGGACGGUCAAGGAUAUCUUCUGAGAGGUUACGGCUGCUUUCCAAUGAUGGUGAUGCCCAUGAUAGAGUGGUGUCUGAGGGUCUUAUGAUGGUGGAUCGGUCAGCCUUAUAUGGUUCCAGAAAUUUGUUUGAUCAGCAUAGGGAGAUGAGGCUAGAUAUAGACAAUAUGAGUUAUGAGGAACUACUUGCUUUAGGGGAAAGGAUUGGGAUGGUGAGCACAGGUUUAUCUGAAGACAUGAUUUCAAAGUGUUUGACAGAGAUGAUUUAUUGUUCUGCAGCAGAUGAGAUGCAGGAUGAAGGAACUUGUGUAAUAUGCCUGGAAGAGUAUAAGAACGAGGAUGAGAUUGGGACACUGAAGAACUGCAACCAUGAUUACCAUGUGGAGUGCAUCAAGAAAUGGUUGUCGAUGAAGAAUGUCUGCCCCAUCUGCAAGGCAGCUGCCCUACCAGAUAACUUGAGGGAGAAAUAACUCAUCUACAUGCAUAUGUUUUUUUUUUUUUUUGUUCAUUUGUAAAUAUCUUUUAGGCAGGAAACAGUUCUCAAGGCAAAACGAUUUUUAUUCUCUCUUUCUUUUGGGCAAAAUUUGUAUAGGGAGACGAGAUGUUAAAAGUCUCAAUCUCAAUUAUUUAGUGCUAAAUCACGCUAGCCAUUUAAAUAGUCGUUGUGUCGUGUUAUCUCAGGUUAGGAGCUAAAUCUUAGAUAUUGUCUUUAUAAUAUCACCGCCUGGCGCGUAAGAACAGGCCCGUUUUCAUA